UGUGAAUUGCACAUUGUUGUGGGGGUGGUGUUGUUCAUGUACAAGGAGAGUAAGGCCCCAGCUGUGGCGGCCACUGACAAAACUGGAUUGGGUGAAUUGCUGCUCAUACUCAGUUUGUCUAUGGACGGUUUAACGGGUGCCGUACAGGAACGUAUGCGUUCCUCAAGUGCCCCUUCUGGGCAGCAAAUGAUGUUUGCCAUGAACUUUUGGAGUACUCUGAUGUUGGGCUUUGCCAUGAUUGUGACAGGUGAGGGCAAAGAAUUCAUACAUUUCGCCAGCCGCCACCCUGAGUUGUGGGGCCAUAUGGCCAUGUUGGCACUGUGUGGUGCCUUGGGUCAACUAUUCAUUUUCCUAGUGGUUUCUGGUUUUGGCCCGUUGGCAUGUUCUGUUGUCACCACCACCCGUAAAUUCUUUACCGUACUCUGUUCUGUGGUAUUGUUUGGCAAUGUCUUAUUGCCACGUCAAUGGUUUGGCGCUGUUCUGGUAUUUGCCGGCCUCUUUGCCGAUAUGUUCUAUGGUAAAAAACCUCCAGCAACAAAUAAGAAACCCCUUCCAAAAGACACCGAGGAAAAGAAGAAGUUAAUAUCAUAGAAU